CCGCUCUAAUUGUCAUUUAUCCCCCAGUUUCACGUUCUUUGCGUUAGAAUUUGCGUCUGUCUCGCUCUCUUCUCUCUAUAGAAUCUUCUCUUGUCCAAUUCACGCAGCGAGAUCCUUCUGCCGGAGCUGAUCACUGGAGGCCAUGGAGGACGAUUUCGAGUUUGCCGAUCACUCUCCUCCGUCGUUCCAGAACGUGGAUUUUAGCUCUGAGAUUUCACUUUCAUUGUUUGCUUGGAUUCAUUCUCGAUGUGAUCUCCUUUCGGCAAUUCAACUCUUCUUAGGAUUUGGGAAUGUGGUCAAGGAUGUUGAGGCUAGAGGAUUCAACCCAGGAUUGAUAGUGCUGCUGGUUGUUGGCGGGCUAGUUCUGGCAUUCCUAAUUGGAAAUUAUGCUCUCUACAUGUAUGCGCAGAAGACACUUCCUCCCAAAAAGAAGAAGCCAAUCUCCAAGAAGAAAAUGAAGAAGGAAAGACUGAAGCAAGGCGUCUCUGCACCAGGAGAGUGAUAUUUGAGAUGUGUUUGCUAUUCAUAACUUGUGUUAAACUCUUGUGUUCGAAAUUUUCCCGCCUUUCAUGUCAAGAGAGCUAUAUUAUUUCACUUUUUAGCUUUCAUAUUUGAUAGAAAUUUUAACAUUGAAGUUCACAA